AUGUGGACUGCCUCUUUGCCUGACGAUAUAUUGGCUUAUUUUAAAGUUCUUUUGACUUUUUACUUUCUUACCUCAAUCACUUCUUUCUUUCGUUCUUUCUUUCUUUCGUUCUUUCUUUCUUUCGUUCUUUCUUUCGUUCUUUCUUUCUUUCGUUCUUUCUUUCUUUCGUUCGUUCUUUUUUUUCGUUUCUUUCUUUCGUUCUUCUUUCUUUCUUUCUUUCUUUUCUUUUUUUCGUUCUUUCUUUUUUCUUUCUUUCUUUUCGUUCUUUCUUUCGUUCUUUUUUCUUUCGUUCUUUCUUUCUUUCUUUCGUUCUUUUCUUUCGUUCUUUUCGUUUUCUUUCGUUCUUUCUUCUUUUCUUCUUUUCUUUCUUUUCUUUCUUUUCUUUCUUUCUUUCGUUCUUUCUUUCUUUCUUUCUUUUUUCUUUCCUUCUUUCUUUCGUUCUUUCUUUCUUUCGUUCUUUCUUUCUUUCGUUCUUUCUUUCUUUCGUUCGUUCUUUCUUUCUUUCUUUCUUUCGUUCUUUCUUUCGUUCUUUCUUUCUUUCGUUCUUUUUCUUCUUUCUUUCGUUCUUUCUUUCUUUCUUUCUUUCUUUCUUUCGUUCUUUCUUUCUUUCUUUCUUAUCUCCCCUCCAUUUUUGUUUCGCAUUUCUUCUCUUUCUUCUUUAUUUUUUUUCUUCCGUUCAACUCCCCUAUAAUAUCGUUCAUUUUUUUCUUCUUCUGGCUUCUUUUUCCCGGAGCGCAAACUUCCUCUCACUUUUCUACACCUUUCUUUCUAAUUCCUUCUCCUCUCUGCUUCUCCUCUUCCCCUUCUAAAUUUUUCUUUCUAAUUCCUCUCUUUUUACCCUUUCUUUCCGCUCCAUUCUUCUCUCUGCUUCUCCUCUCUCACUCUUUUAUCCCUUUCUUUCUUACCCAUUCUUCUUUCUGCUUCCUCUCUCUCUCACAUCUAAACCUUUCUUUCCUCUCCCUCUCUCGCUCUUUCUAA